GAAUUUCUGCAGCAAAAGUGUAAGCAGCAACAGAGACUGAGGAACUGUUACAGUUGGACCCCAUACUGAUGGCAGGCCACUCGGAAGAGGGGAAAAGAAAAAAAAAGUGGGGGGAUGCAGUUUAGAAACUGCCUAAGUUUGGGAUGUUCAAACACAUCCAGCCUUCCACCAGAAGAGCUCUCAAAGAGCAUACACCACACACCUGGGCUGCUGAAGGCGGGUAUUUUUACAGCAGCAGUUCCUAAAUGUUUGGAUCUAGGGGUCAAGCCCUUAAACUCUCUCACAGAUGCCACAAUGGACAAAGGAGUGAACAAACAUGUGCAUAUCACUACAUAUUAUCACUUCAAAGGUGACAUGUGGAUCACAGUCUGGGAGCUGCUGCUCUACAGGAGGGCAGGCCAAAACCUGUGCGGUGGGCAGUGUUGAUAGCCAGGGUUUCAGGCUCCCUUGCUCUCACGUGGAGAGGACAGCACUUUGCACGAGACCAAACGCCUUUCAGGGGAAUGUGGCACAGUGCUGUACUAUGAAACUCAAACAGCAAGGAAACAACUUCCAAACUUAUUCCCACUCAUUCCCUUGAUCCUCAAUUGAAAAUGGUCUUCAAAUUUAUUACAGGGGAAGACACCGCACAUGGCGGAUGCCACGCUCCAUACCCAGGUAGCACCCCGGUAUCACCAGCUCCCCUUUGCAGCAGGACUCCAGCAGCAAUCAUGCAAUACCAGGAUCCCAAGCAAAUUUAAAUGCAGAGAAAUCCACCGAUGACUACGAGGCUAAGAGAUUUCUAGCUGCAUGGUGCACUGGGCACACACCUGCAAAGCGCCGGCAAGGUCCUGUUCCACAGCACACUUACACUGUGGCCCAGCAGGUUGAGAAGAUCCUUCUGGCGGAUGUCUGUCACUGCUAUGGGAUCCUGUUACCAGCUGCUGAGACUUUCGAAGAGGGAAAGAAAAACCACCAAAGCAGGACAGGUUUAAAUGCUCCUAGGCCCAAGGUCCUGCUCUCCAAAUCGCAGCCCCCUUAGAGCUCCUGCAGGUAUGUGCCAAGGCCACAUUAUAUCUCCGCUAUAACAGCAAUCCUCAAAGGUGGUGGUGGUGGUGGUAAGUUAAUUACUUCUAUGACCUUAAAUCAACCCUAUCAGCUCAAACUGUCAAUAAGCAGUUGGCUUCUUGCUAAGUACAGACCAGAACUAGCCCUGGAGAAAAUGAGAUGUUCCUGGGAAGCCCCAGCAACACAAUGCAGCCGGCUGUAUCUGUAACACCCUCUGAGGAAACAAUUUCCGCCACAGGCAGCACAGGGUCCUUGUGCCAGAGGAUGCUUCAGAGCGGAGCUUCCCUUCCGCUGGCUGGUUUGAACCUCAUGGCACGGCACCAGGUCCGAAUGAACCGUGUGCACUGGCAAGCAAUGCCCCCAGUAUUUCCAGUUCCCCAAACUGGGCUACGAUAAUGACGGCUUCUGGAAUCUUAAUUACGCACUGAGGAAGGACAAUUCUGCUCUUCAGCCAUAGUAAAGGGAUUUCAUAAUGAAGUAAAGAUUCUGUUAACCGGAAAGUGCACUCUGUCACGCAGGUUGCAAGGUGAGGGGGUUUCCAGCUAAGCACUGCCAAUCCCAUCUGCAAACAACCUUGCUCCAUAGCUGCAAAUUAGUUCCCCUCUACCCUCAGCUCUCUGAAACAGUUAACUUCUGUCUGUGAAACCAUCCUAUCUCCCUGCCUGCUCAACAAUAGAUCCAGCUAAACAAAUGCCUCCUAAUUGACUUUAAGCAACACUUGAUUGCUUUUACCAAAAACAAGAGAGAGGAAAACAUUGGGGUUUAUGAAAUAAUGACUAAUCCUGGAGCAAGAGAAAGGGGAUGGGUUGGAGCACUGGUGUCAAACAGAGAUUCAAUCUCGGCUCAAAGAGCCCCAAGACACAUGGGCCAAGUCAUUCAUCCCUCCCCAACUGCCCUCAUUUCCACACCUGCUGAUCUAAGCCAAACCCCUGCUAAAAUCCAAACAAUCGGGGCCGCUGGCAAAUGAAAAUUGGAGCAUUGUCUUCCCCAUGAGGGCUCUGAAAGGGCCGCACUUAAUGAGGAUGGAUUGACAGAGAGGUGGCUUGUAGGCUAUAAAAGGCAUCCCACAGUUGGGAGCAGCUCAGUCCAGGGUACGCUGCCUAUUUGCCCGCUCCCAGCUCGUUCUGAGCAUGGUCACAGCCCACCGCAGGCACCCCCCAAGGCUGGGUGGCCCAUGGCUGCUGGGUCUCCUGGUGUGCCUGCUGCUCUGGGGCUCUCCAGGAGCCUGGGCGAGCUACCUGAGGAGAUCCUCCAGCUGCACACCCAUUCCACACCACAUGGCCUUGUGCUACGAUAUUGGCUACUCCGAGAUGAGGAUUCCCAACCUGCUAGAGCACGAGACCAUGCCAGAAGUGAUCCAGCAGUCUUCCAGCUGGCUGCCCUUGCUGGCCAGGGAGUGCCACCCAGAUGCUAGGAUUUUCCUCUGCUCUCUCUUUGCACCAAUCUGCUUGGACAGGCUCAUCUACCCCUGCCGCAGCCUCUGCGAAGCCGUCAAGAGAAGCUGCGCGCCUGUCAUGGCUUGUUACGGCUACCCCUGGCCCGAAAUCCUGAACUGCAACAAGUUUCCUGCAGAUCAUGAACUGUGCAUCGCGGCAGUCUCCACGGAUGAAAAUUCCUCGAGCAGGAGAAUGCCCCGAGCCAGCUGCCAGGACUGCGAGCUUGAGGAGGUCAGCACUGCCAGGGAGAUCCUGGAAAACCUUUGUGCCAAUGAUUUUGCUGUGAAAAUCCGAAUCCUGAGGAAGAACAUGACCACCACCAUCUCAGACUUUGACCUGGACCCCUCCAGGGUGGAGGUCCUGAAGCAUGGACCGCUCCUCAGAACCGAAAUCCCUGCCAGGCUCCAGCAGUGGCUGGACAUAGAUGCUACCUGCGUCCAUAAUAUCAUGAGAGGCACUCACGCAGGGGUCUUCGUUGUAAGCGGCGAAGUACAGAGUGACAAAGUGGUGGUGAAUAAGGCCUAUGCCUGGCAAAAGAAGAACAGGAACCUGCACCAGGCAGUGCGGAGGUGGAAACAUCACCGCUGCCCUGAACAGGCUGGCCGGAAGGUCUGAAAAAUCUCAAUGCCAUCAGUAAGAAACUGGUCCUUUCCCUAAGGCUAAAUAACUCCUAUCCCUGGCAGUUGGUGUUUUGGAGAUGUGCACACAAAAUUUUUAGGUGAUCCAAAGCAGUCAUAGUCCACAGAUGAGGCCCCACUACAGAUCCCUGUUUUACUGAGACAGAGCUUAAGGAUGCAGAUUUAACACUAUCCUCUUGCAAGGCUCUGCAUAUCCAGGACUUGCGAUGGAUGGCUUUGUGUAGGAUCCAAUGUCGCUAAAAAACUGAACUGAACCUUGCAGGCAAGCGCAAACUAGAAGAGACCUGUAAUAACAGUUCCCUCUAGUUCUCACCAUCAAAGUCGAUAGCCAUUUUAGCUUCAUUGUUUGACCGAGCCAGCAGUGCUGUCCAAGUACCUGCUUGCUUUCUGUCCAGGGAGAUUACACAGAAGUCUCCCUGACUGCUUUUUUAAGUAAUGGAGCAAAUACUUUACUUUUGAACAGUCUGACGUAAAUUAAAGGGGAGAGGAACCCACCCAGGUGACACCCAUCCCCUUCAAGAAUGAAAGUUAAACUCAGCUCCUCAGCAGGCACUUGGACUGUCCCUUCAGCUUACUGUGCUGAAAGAUGACGAGCAUCUGCACAGGUAAAAGGAAAUAGCUGUCUUGAGCAGGAAAGGCACAGAGCAAAGAUAGCAGAGGAUUUCUGCAUAACAGGGAAAGUAAUUUUUUAACAUCAGAAGAUUCUGGUAACUGGGGAACUACCAAAGCUAUCACAAGAGCCUGAGAAAGAGCAGAGCAGGAGCAGGACAUCAACUGUUUAAACCUUUGCUUUGGUGUGCAACAGCAGCUUUGCUUGGGACUCAGAGGCAAGCCCCAACCACAGCACAGCAGGAAAUACUUGCAAUUCUGAUACGGUGGGGGAGGAAACAUUACCUAUCUGUCCAGCCUUCCCACUGCACACAAGGAAGACUGAAAAGGUGGCAAAACUCAGUCUCACCAAGUUCUCUGCAGCUCACUCUCUCACCCAAGUAAAUAGGGACUGUAAUUCCCUGCAGGAGUAAACGCAGUUAUAGCUCUACACUCCAGACCACAGAGCAGAAAACAGCAAAUCCCAGAAUGAGAAAACAAAUUGUAUUUCUGCUGCCUAACAAAGCGCUGCCUAUGGAAAGUUUUCCAUAUUGGAUGAAACUUGGGACUGAAAUAUGAAAAUAAGGGGAAAAACAGCUUUUGGGAGAAAUGCAUUCUGCUUUGUUCAUGAUGCUUGCAGUCUUGGUUGUGGACAGAGCCACUCAGUUUGAUGGAGACACAUUGCCUCCCUGUGCUCAUAAAGCACAGUAACAACCCGCGAUGAGAUCUCGUCUUCAGAUUUAGUGUGGGCUGAGACAAGCACUCAGACACUCACGCUGAAAUUCAGCUGCACCCUGACAUUUGUGCAGUGAUUACUUCUAUUCCCUGAGGCUCCAAAGAAAAACACAGCAACGUUUCCUAUUUUUAUUCCUCCCUACUGCCUUGUCUUGCAAACUGCCACCCAGUUCACAGAAUCUGCUGCCAGGUGGUCCCUGCAAUGGCAGUAUCUUCUGAACAGACUGCAUUUGGAAAACACAACAGAACACAUAAAAGCUCUGAAGGUUGAAAAGGUUUUGUCUGAUAUUUGUUUUCCAUUAUUCGGAUUAUUUGAUUACUAGUUUUUCCUAAUGAAAAAGUGCACAGAUGGUCUUACUUACAAGCUUUAGAAAGGACAUCUCAUAGCCAGAGGGGGGAAAAAUCGGGCAGGGACUUUUUCAUAGCUCCAGGAAAUACACUUGCGUUCAAAGCAGAUGACUUAUGCACAUUUAAAAACAAACCGCAGGUUCCCCUAUGGUGCCCAGUGCCAUGCUCCAAAGCCCAGAGCUCACAUGAAAUCAUUAACAAGCCAUCCGCUGCUACAGUCCCACUACGGCCUGCUCUGCUGAAAGCAAAGAUCACAGACCAGCCACUUAUUUCCUUAAAUUGCCUCUUGCGUGCCGCAACACUUUGUGUUAAGUGAAAUCCUCAAGUAAAAUUCAAGAGUCCUUCUUUGCUAGUGACUUCUGGUUUUGACUAACACAACCCAGUUAAACACACACUUCCACUAAUUUAAGCAACAGAGAUGAAAUAAAUUAGGGUUGUUUUUUUUUUUUUUAAACAAGUUGAUUUAGAUUGGUACUGUAUGCAUAGAUAGAGAAGCCUCUGGAAGUCUUUUGAAGUCAGAGCUGGCUCCUGGCAGGUUCAUCCAGGAGAUAAGAGAUGUCUUGCGAGUUGCCGGUUUCUAAAUAAAGGACUCCCUAUCAGAAGACAAAGGAGAACAGACUCCGUGCCAUCGCAAAUGUGGAAUGUCCAUCGUUGUCUGCAAUACCACCCCCAGGGAGCAACGCUUCCCCCAGAACCAAUGGAGGUGCCAGAGAGACAAAAGUUGUGGGAUUACCACUGCUGGGGACAGUCUGCCUUUUCUCACCUUCACUGCAGGCCAGGACCCACUCUUUUUCUUAAGCAGUACUGGUAGGGCAGAGGAGGUGGAAACAGGAGUUUUCCUGAGCAAAAAACCUGAGUGCUUGCCCCAGACCAUGGUUCAGGGAAUGAUGCCAGUUUGGUGAAUGCUGUGGGGCAUCAGUUUGAGGUUGGUGUGUCCGUUUACUGAAUGUCAGACAGAAAUACACUUAAAAAUUUGCAUACCAUGAGCACCACAUGUGUAGAAGUGAGGAAAAACCUUUGUAUAUUUCUUCCAGAUACUUACUGCAUUAAAGGAGUUUAA